AUGGCGAGGAGACAACAUUUGACCUUGAUGGUCGCACUCUCGAUUAUUACAUUUCUGAGUCUCACCUACAUGUUCUCCGGCAAUGGACCUCGUACCGACCGCCUGCCACUCUCCUUCCAAAAGCCCUCAGCUCCGUCACCUGCGACGGCUCCUCCACUAGAAAAGCCGCCAAACGAUGGCCUCGAUGCCAGCAAAGCCGACUUGGGCGCGAUAUCACAAGACAUUCUGAAAGGAGGGUCGAUAGCGCCAAAACUGGAAAAUGCAACAGCAAAGGCCGAACUAGGACGCGCUUCGUGGAAGCUCUUCCAUACGAUGAUGGCCCGCUUCCCCGAGAAGCCGUCCGCCGACGAUAGCCUCGCGCUCAAGACGUACAUCCAGCUCUUUGCGCGCCUGUAUCCCUGUGGCGACUGCGCCUCCCAUUUUCAACAGCUCCUCAAGAAAUACCCACCGCAGGUGUCGUCGAGGAACGCUGCCGCCGGCUGGGCCUGCUUCGUGCACAACCAGGUCAACCAGAGGCUCAAGAAGCCCGACUUUGACUGCACCAAGAUUGGCGACUUUUACGAUUGCGGGUGUGGAGACGAAAAGAAGAAGAAGGAGGGCGAUGCUGAGGGAGACGAGAAGAUCCUCCAAGGGCAGGACAAGAAGAAGGAAUAG